GUAUUUUUCGAACUGACUACAUUCCACAAUUGACAUUUAUGUCUGUGUUCUGUAUUGACAGCAGACACCACUAGCGACUGACAGCUGACAGCACUGACAGCAGUUUGUUGUUUAUUUUGAUUCGCACUGCUACUGAUUUUUCUACGCGGAUCACUACUCUUUUUAAUUUUAUUAUGAGGAAAACUUGAUAUUGUUUUCGACAAGAGAUACAAGGAAUUGUAGUUAGACAAUCAUUGAUUAUUUUACGGUUCUUGGAUAUUUUUGUGAAUAUAUCUAAAAGUUUACACAAUCAUUAUAGAGGUACAGACAACAAUUCAUACGUUACUAUCAGAGACACAGUGUCUGGUUACUAUGGAGGAAUGUGAAAUCUACGAUGAAUUAUGGAAAGAAAUAGAAGGGAAAAUUGAUGUAGCUCAAGACAAGGUAAUCAAUUUAUAUUUACUGAAAAAUAAGUCCUGUUCUGCCAAUAGAUUGAUAGAGGAUUUGAAUUUGUCAGGCUUUAAUGAUUACUUAUUGAACAAAUAUGUCGCACUCAACAGUUCCAGUAUGAAUAGAUUCCAAAAUGAAGACUAUGAAAUUAAUUGGCAAAAUCUAAAUGAAGACGAUAAUUAUGAGGAGCUACUGAUAAAUUGUAGUCAAUCCCCAUUUCUGACUCUGGAGAUGUUAAAUGAGUUGCUUAAAAUAAACUAUAUUGAUACAAGACAUAGUUAUUGGCCAGAAAUGUCAAAUAAACUGCAGGAUUGCUUCUCAUGUUUGGAUUACGAUUUAUUCCAGAAAAGUUUAAAGAUCCAUUAUAAAAUGACAAUCAGUCAAAAUUGCUGUAUAGAAGGAUACUUGAGUCUUUUGAAAGCCACUAAUAGAAUAGUAAAAGGUCAUUCGUUGGAUAAAUUUGUAGAAGUAAAUUCCCCACUGAACAGCAGAGCUAUGUUAUGCAUUAAAGUUAUUCUAAACUCAGAACUUUUCCUAUUGAGUAAUAUACAUACUAGCAAUGAUAAGAAGAUUGAAGAUAUUAUUGAAAACCUUUUCAACUUGUUCAGUUCAGAAAUAGCAAUUGAAGAUGAGCAAAUAGCAAUUUUAGAUCUAAUCAGCUUCAUGGAUGAAAAAGCAGAAUGGUUCAAAUAUCUUUGCUUAUCAGCCUUCAUGAAACCCCUUAUCUGGAAAAAAUUAGAGAAAUAUCCAACUCUUCUAAUAUUUGUUUGUAAAAAAUUUCUUAAACCUCUGGACAAUAUCCUCUUUAAUUUCAGCAAUGAUUUAGAAAGGAGUGUUCAUAGUCAUAGUUGCUAUUUUUUGAUAUAUUUUUGUGGUAUUCAUAAGGAUAUAAAGGAAUUUGAGGUGAGAAAUCAAGGGAAUAAGACAUAUAAUUUAACACAGCUUAUUACAUUGGUGAUAUAUACAAUUAAUAAUCACAUUUCUUCUGAAGUCAGGGAAAGUUUAAAGAAUUUUAUUCUACUGUUUUUUCGAACAAACUACUCAUUCAUUGAUCAUGAAAUUAUGGAAAUAUUAUUCAAACCUUUUGAGCAUAUAAUAAAAGAUAGUUCUUUGAAAGUGAUCAGCCAAAAUAUUUAUCUCUUCGAUUUGAUACAAUUCACCCUGAAGAAUAAUGAUAAAAUUUUGACAGAAGGCUACUUGUAUAAUAGAAGAAAGUAUAAGGCUCUAUUUAAUUUUGGACAAUCCAGGAGAAACAUAUUGAACACCAAUGGAAACUUUGUCAAUUUGCCACAGUUAAUUAUUGAUAUAACAAUAAUGAUGAUGAGGAACUAUAUCAAUACUAGUGAGAAGAAGCAUUCAGUGGAUGAUAAUACUAUUCUGUUGUUGGAAUGUUGCGAAAAAAUUUAUAAUGCUCAUCCUGUUUUUCUCUACAAUUCUUUGACUUCAAAAUUCAUUGUCAACUUAUCGAGCUUUUAUAAAGCCCUUAAUAAUUUUGAAACCACCAAGAAAGAAAUCGAGGUAGUUUUAAAUAUAUACAACUUCUUCCUCAAAUACCACACAAAUCUUUUGGAGUUGUUCAAAGGUGAAUCCUUCGUAAUUAACAUCCUAGACAGUGUGAUAUCAAGUAGAAUAGAAGUAGGCAGCUGUAUGAUUUUUGAUAAUUUUUCAAAUGAGAUUUCAAUUGAGGAUAAAAUGCAAGUUCAACUGCAUUUGGUUACACACAGCUUUUUAUUGAGUGUAUGGUGUCAAAAAAACUAUAGUGAAAUUAUAGUGAAUAACCUUGAGGAAGAAACUUUUGUUGAAUUGUUGCAUUUUCUUUAUGGAAUAUCUCAUAGUACACAAUUGAUCAGGAUGUUAGUAUAUGGAAGUCAAAGUUUGGAUUUUAAGAUGAAGGGUGUUAUAGCAAUUCCCACUAUGUUGAAGUUUUCUGUUCAGAAUGUCAGGAAUACUCUUGAAACUUUAAUAGGAUUGCUAUUUAUGCGGAUUUUGAUUUCUAAUUUAGAUGGAUUGGUGAUGGUUCAAGCAAGUUGUGGUUUGAAGGAAAAUCUUUCAAAAGUGCUUGGUGAAAUUAAUUCUGAUUCUGAUAGUGAUGAAGAAAUUUCUUACACUGAUGCAUGUAGCAUAAUUCGUAAGAACCUAAUAAGAUAUAUGGAUUGUAUUGGAUAUCCUUGUUAUCUAUUGAAUGACCUGAAUGAUUCAGCUAUUGAUCUUCAUAAUUUCAGUGGAUUGAAAAUUUAUGGGUCGAAAUCUAUUCAUAAUUGUGAAAUGCAGAGAUUUCUACAAAAUACCCGGUCAGCUUUACAUGACCAAAGUUGGAUGCAUCAAGUGAAAUCAUUGUUCUAUAAAUACUGUUCCGAAGGAUACAAAGUCAGUGUGGUGUCUGAAAUAAUAACUAAUUGUCCAAAAAGUGCUAAAGAGAAGUUUUCAAGGUCUUGGCCUGAUUCUGGAAAGCCUUUACCUGCAUUGCAUAGUGAAGAUCUUAUUGCAAUUGGAAUAAUUGUAAAGUAUGGUUUGCAAAAUCAUCUGUUGAGUCCAAGUCACAGACAUGAGGACAAUUUAGCCCUUUUAGUUAAACAGAGUCGUGCUUUUCUGGAUGAACAAUCUGAGAAAUUUGAUGGUUUUGAUUGGUUUAUUGCUAUUUGUUUCUUAGUUUGUUCUGGAAAUUUAGAAAGGUGCAAAAAUUUAUGCAUUAAUGUGUCACAACUUCCUUGUAUAAACUUGAUUUGGAAUAAAUAUGGCAAAAAAUUUGGAGGUGUUUGGUUGGAUAAUUUCAAUGAGCACCUGGAUGUUCUGAUGGCUGAGAAUACUACAAUUUAUACUGCUCUGAAGAUGUCUAGCUUUAGUUCCAAAAUGAUAGUAAAAAAAUGGCUGGGUCAGUGCUUCUUCAACAUACUUGAUUUUAGAGAAAUUUGCAAUUUCUUGAUUUUUUCUGUACUCUGUCCUCUAGAAUAUUCAGUGUAUUAUAUGAUGUGUUUGUUUAUACACAACAAAAGCAGGAUUUGUAGGAUGACCCAUACCCCUAGUAUGAAUAAUCUCCUGAAUAUAAUCUCGUUAGACGACUUUAAACUGAGCUCAUACUUACCUAGGAUAAACGAAUUGUCAACAAGAUAUAAGAAUGUUAUAAAAUUAUGAAAUAGUAAUAAAUUAAUUAUGAUGAACAAUA